GUGACUUUUUGAUAUACUUAAAGGAGAACAUCUUCUACUUCGCUUGGUGUAGGUUGUGUCUUCUCUUCCUCUGAUUCAAGUAAUCUCUCUCAACUUGAAAAUGUCUUCUCCUCUUGCUCAUCUUCUCUAUCUCUUGCUUCUGUUUCUACCUCUUUCUGCCCUCUCUCAAACUCACCAUAACAUAAGCUUAAAGUCUUCUCUUUCCACCCAAGAUAAAAACCCGUCAUGGCUCUCUCCUUCCGGCGAAUUCGCCUUCGGAUUCCAUCCCCUCCCAGAAAGUAAUCUCUUCUUGCUAGCAAUCUGGUUCGACAAAAUACCUGAAAAAACGAUAGUUUGGUGGGCAAACAAAGACAAUCCGCCGUUGCGGAAAGGAUCGAAAGUUGAGCUAACUAGCAGUGGGCUCAUUCUCAACGAUCAUCAAGGCCAAGAGGUGUGGCGAGCCGAGUCCAGCAAUGGUGAGGCAAUCGCAUCAGCUGUCAUGCGUGACAAUGGGAGCUUCGUGCUCAUGAGCCCGGAUUCUAAUAUUACAUGGGAGAGCUUCAGCGAUCCGACCGAUACCAUCUUGCCAACACAGGUAUUGAGACUAGGCAGCGAACUUCGGUCCGUUCUAACAGAGACCGACUACUCAAAGGGACGGUUCUCACUCCGUCUACAGACCGAUGGGAAUCUGGUUCUUUAUCCCACUGUUCUCCCCUCGAAAGAUUCCAUUUACAGUGCUUAUUGGGCUAGCAAUACAGUAGGGAAUGGUACUCAGCUGGUCUUCAAUUCAUCCGGUCGCAUUCACCUCACGCUAAGAAAUGGAGGUCCGCUUGAUCUUGCCCGGGCGAAUGGAGCUUCGAUUACGGAAUUCUAUCAGAGAGCGACGUUGGAUUUUGAUGGAGUUUUCAGGAAAUACGUCCGACCAAAGUCCCAAAGUAACAAUGGGAGCUGGCCCAUGUCAUGGACUGCUGUGUAUUCUCUGCCGGAGAACAUGUGCACAAUGGAUUUCGGUAACGUGGGUCCUGGUGCUUGUGGGUUCAACAGCUAUUGCAAGAUGGAUGGGAAUCAAAGGCCAAGCUGUAAUUGUCCACCUGGGUAUUCCUUCCAGGAUCCAAACAACAAAUACAAAGGGUGCAAACUGGACUUUUCACCGCAGACUUGCAAUCAGGACGGGUCGGAAGAAGAUACUCAGUUCGUGAUGACGCAGUUGCUUAAUACAGAUUGGAAGGGAUCGGAGUAUGAAAUAUAUAGAGAUGUGGAAGAAGACGAGUGUAGGAAAUAUUGCUUGAACGAUUGUUUAUGCAUGGCAGCUGCUUUCUCUGACGGAGGUUGUUAUAAGAAGAGGUUUCCGCUCUCCAAUGGGAGGAUGGAUUCGAGUACUAGACAUAAGAUUCUCAUCAAAGUGUCAAUAAAUAAUUCUUCUCUUCCACCUCCAGGUGUAGUUGGAAGGAAGAAAGAUCGAUCGACUUUGAUCCUUGCCGGAUCAGUGCUUUUGGGUGGCUCAGUAUUUCUCAAUCUUAUGUUUUUGUUAGCGGUUUUAUUGCUCAGUUUCAUCUUACAUCGCAGAAAAAUACCGGAAGUUAAUAAAAACUCGAUCAUGUUGGGAAAGAAUCUGCGUUGCUUUACUUACAAAGAGCUCGAAGAAGCGACCAGCGGGUUCAAGGAAGAAUUGGGUAGUGGUGCUUUUGGUACUGUUUAUAGAGGGUCCUUAGCGCUGGGCGAUUCUGCAGAUUCCGCAACCUCCGUCGCAAUCAAGAAGCUAGAGAAAGUGGUUGAAGACGGCGAGAAGGAAUUUACAACAGAAGUGAUUGCAAUCGGACAGACCCAUCACAAGAAUCUAGUCCAACUGAUUGGAUUCUGUGAUGAGGGGCCGCACCGACUUCUGGUCUACGAGUUCAUGAGCAAUGGUUCUUUAUCAAGCUUCCUCUUCGGGAGCUUGAAACCCAAAUGGUACCAGCGGUUGCAGAUUGCAUUCGGAAUUGCAAGAGGGCUAACUUACUUACAUGAAGAGUGCAGCACCCAAAUCAUACACUGUGAUAUAAAGCCUCAGAACAUACUUCUAGAUGACUAUUUCACAGCAAGGAUAUCCGACUUUGGAUUGGCGAAGCUUUUGAAGACGGAUCAGACCCGAACAAGCACGGGCAUCAGAGGGACGAGAGGGUAUGUGGCGCCUGAAUGGUUCAAGAAGAUGCCGAUCACAGCAAAGGUUGAUGUCUACAGCUUUGGCAUCAUGUUGUUGGAGAUCAUUUGUUGUAGGAAGAAUGUAGGAUUGAAGGCAGGGAAUGAAGAGGUGGAGAUAUUGUCUGAUUGGGCUUACGAUUGUUACAGAGAAGGGAAGCUGGAUCUGUUAGUGGAGAAUGACGAAGAUGCGGUGAUGGACGGACUGCGGAAGCUGGAGAGAUUGGUGAAGGUGGCGAUUUGGUGUGUUCAAGAAGAGCCAGGUCUAAGGCCUUCCAUGAAGAAGGUGACACAGAUGCUAGAAGGAGCGGUCGACGUUUCUGCACCACCUGAUCCGUCUUCCUUUCUUAGUUCAUUAUGUUGAAUCCGAUCUACAGCUACUCAUCAUCACUAUUGCAUGUUUUCGCUACAGUAAACAUUCAAAACUUUGAUCUUAUAUAUUUAGCACAUGAAAACUCUGAUACUCGGACAGAUGGCAGU